GGGUGCUGGUAGGACCCGCAAAAAAGGUCGUGAGUGUCAGAGCAGGGUCUUUGGGAUGGUGUGUGUGGUUCUUUCUUUAUGGACAGAUAGAUGUGCUGGACGGGAGAAGAGAGCCCGAAUAUAACUGGAGUAUAAUAUUGGUAAUGACACAAAUGCCAAGAGAUUAUAUAAAGUAUUCUGGGGCUUGCUAGCAGAGCACACACUGUGGGAAACCUUCCAUCGCUCCAUGAGGAAAGCAGGUAGAGGCCACAUACACAGCGCAAUUGAGACCGUGUCCCUACAAAGUUGAACACCUGUGUGAAGCGAUGGAUUCCAAGUAUGACAGCUGUACGGCUGUUUUCUCCACCCUGGGCAGUCCCUUUCUGGAGGCAUCCUGUUCCCGGAGCCAUUACCACCCUUCCCAGGCACAGCCACUGAAGGCGGAGCAGCAAUACAUGGUUCUGAGCCCAUCUUGUUUGCAGCACAAGAGUUUUUCCACCUCUCCCAAGAAGGUAGAAGCACUGAGCCCUCCAAGCCCAACUUUCCUGCCUGACACCAGCUACCAAGAGGUGAAGCCGCAUAAGUCAGACUCCACAAGCUCAUUCAAUGAGUCGUGGCCCUCGACUGAGCGUAGUUCUUCCUCCAUUACUCCCGAGGGAGCAAAGGAAUUUCCUUCGGAGCCGGCACCAGCCUCACCAAAACCCCCAGAUUCUGUCACGGACAGUGAAUCAGUUAUUGCCAGGUAUAUUGAGCGAUUCCGUUACGGGCAGCCCACUAACCGCAGAGAGCGUGGGGCACCCCAUGGACAUUCUGCUGAGUUCUGGUGGCUUGGCCACUCAUUCCCCCCUGAAUGCAACAUCUCCAAGAAGGAAGCAUCACCAGCUUCAGAUGGUAGCCAGAGUGAAGUGAGACAGUGUCUUUUCAGUCCAGCGCUGGACCAGUCUCCCUCGGGGGAAUUCCAGGAUAUUUCCACCCUGGACCCUGAGACCGUGAGCCUCCAGGAGAGAGCCUCCAGGCUCUUACUUAGAAGCACAUCCCCUUUGAGCAGCACCAGGCAUGUAAGCUCUGAAGGACUGAACUCUACCCCCACGUCCACCAUCACAAAUGCUGACACAGACGCAGCUGGGCAUGCCCCAUCUGACCUUGGCGUUGGUGUGCUUCAAGGUAGCCUGGGUGCUUUCCCUUGCCACACCACUCAAAGAUCUCUGUCCUGUUCUUCGAAACCAGAGAAUGACAUCCUUUUCCAGUGGCGCCUGCGGCGAAAGAUGGAGGAAGCAAGCAAGGCCAUUGCUGUGAUGCCCAAUCAGAUCCAACCAAUCUAUGCUUCCAGCAUGGUAGAAAGAACAGCUUGGAAGUCAUCAGAACCUGCCUGUUGGAGGAGCAGAGACGGAAGAGUGCUGCCAGCAACUGAGACUCAGCUGCGUGUGGAAUCUGCCCUCCAUGAAUGUCACCCCUGCUGCCACACAAAUUUUAUGAAAAAUGGACUAACCUCCCCGCAUCACAUAGAAACCACUCCCUCUACUAAUGGAAUUGUGGUAGCUGGAAGUCCUGAACCAAAGAGAGAGCAGGGAGUGAAGGGAGCAGCUCCACCAGAGGGUCCUGUCUCUGCAUACCCAGAGUCAUCACCUCCAUUAAGACCUGCAGGAACCAGGAACCUUUUGAGCCAGAGCACUUUCCAUAAUGUUCAGCAAUCAGCCCAGCCUGUAAAGAGGGUGCACGCUGAACCCAGAGGGAACCAGAAAGCAUUCAGAACCAAGCAGGGCCAAGCAAAACCAAUCGGAGACCACAGAGAGCUGCCAGCCAGCCCCAUAAAACAUUCUAUUCAACACGUCUUGGGAGAGGUGGUUGCUGAAAGACUUUUCUCCCCACCUGAAUCUCCAGGUCUUCACUGGGACAAACAAAAGAGAAAUUCAAAGAAUCUGAGCCUGGAGGCAGCUCUUCCAAGUGCUGUGGCUGCUCCCUCACAUUCUCAGCUCCUGAACAUGGCUGCUCAGCUACUGGAGCAGGCUGAAGAUUCGGAUGGCACAGAGUUUGAGGACGAUCCCCUCUUACAGGUGCUAAGGGCCCAGAGGGAGCUGCUGCGCAGUCAACUGAGAGCCGUUGAUGUCCGUGUAGUUCAGCUAGAAGGACACCAUUCUGAUCAAGACUUCUCCCAUCGAUGACAAACUUCUGAAUAAUCUUCUCUGCAUCUUGAGUGCAUUUUGAUGGGUCUCUUAUUCCUAAUUUGGGAUCAUGGCAGUGGACUGAGUCCUGUGCUCCCUAUUCAAGGCACUUCAGGAUAACUUCAGCAACAGGCUUUGGAAGAGGUACUAUGAUGCUAGCAUUCUUUUGGUUUGGACUGUGCUGCCUGUACCCAACAAGCUGACAUGUUCAUGGAUAUCAGCUGGGAGUGUGCAAUGGCCAGGCACUAAUGUGUAGGGAUGUUCCUAAAGCAUAAACAGUUCUUUGUUUCCAUGGUUUCAUCGUAUAUUUUUGUGAUGAGAUUAAAAUAAAAGUGUAUUUUUGGAUCAAAA